GAACGUGAGCCGCCCGGUGAAGUAGGAGCGUGUCGCGGCCCAACGGAGAGAUUCGCCGGGAUUCUGCUCGUUUUUGAGGUGCCACGAUGUUCUGCGAAAAAGCCAUCGAGCUGAUCAGAGAGCUGCACCGCAUGAGCGACGGACAGCUGCCCGCGUUUAACGAGGAUGGACUGCGACAGGUGCUGCAGGAGAUGGAGGCGCUUUACGAGCAGAACCAGAGUGACGUGAACGAGGCGAAGAGUGAAGGUCGCGCCGAGCUGAUUCCCUCCAUCAAACUGCGCCACUGCUGCCUGCUGAGGAACCAGCGCUGCGUCACUGCCUACCUGUACGACCGGCUGCUGAGGAUCAGAGCGCUGCGCUGGGAGUACGGCAGCGUGCUGCCCGCCAAUGUUCGCUUCCACAUGUGUGCAGAGGAGCUACAGUGGUUCAGUCAGUAUAAGAAGUCUCUGGCCUCCUUCAUGCGGUCUCUGGGGGGCGAUGAGGGUCUGGACAUCACGCAGGACAUGAAGCCUCCAAAGAGCCUCUACAUCGAGGUGAGGUGUCUCAAGGACCACGGCGAGUUUGAGAUUGACGACGGCACUGUGAUCCUGCUGAAGAAGAACAGCCAGCACUUCCUGCCGCGGUGGAAAUGUGAGCAGCUGAUUCGUCAGGGCGUCCUGGAGCAUGUGGUGUCCUGACGAUGCAGAUGUUUCAGCAGCUGGAAAACACCUGCACUCACCUUUAUUCUGGGCUCUUCUUCUGAUGGGAUAAUAAAUUGUUUUUUUCAA